GUGUGAAGUGAGUGAAGUGGGUCGAGACUUGACACGAAAUCUGAGAUUUGACUCUGGCUUCAUCUGCGCUUUAGUUCUGGGGAUGUAAGGCAACAGCUUGCGGACCAGGACGUUUUUACACCACGGUUAUGUAAACACUUGGUGACAUUUCUGAGGAUAAUCCAGGAGGUACACAGGAUCUGCACAGCUCCACCGCUGGCACGGGAACUUGGGACAGAGGCAGGGUUCUCUCGCUAGCUGCCACACCAGCUAACUCCAGAUCUUAUCUCCUUCUGAUUCUGAGAGGUUUGUCAUCUGCCUGUAGUGCAGCUCAAUUGCUUUUUCUUGACCCCGUUGAAGAUCAUCUCUGCUUCAGCUUCCUGAUGAUGUGAAACUGUUGACAACACACAUAUUCUCAGAAAUUGCAAUCAGAGAUUAAAAAAAAAAAAAAGCAUCAAGAUGUCUAUCACCAACACACCCACCAGCAACGAUGCUUGCCUGAGCAUUGUGCACAGCCUGAUGUGUCAUAGACAGGGUGGUGAGAGCGAGACGUUUGCCAAGCGGGCCAUCGAGAGCCUGGUUAAAAAGCUGAAGGAGAAAAAAGACGAGCUUGACUCCCUCAUCACAGCUAUCACCACCAACGGAGCCCAUCCCAGCAAGUGUGUGACCAUUCAGAGGACACUUGAUGGACGGCUGCAGGUGGCAGGACGUAAAGGGUUCCCUCAUGUAAUCUAUGCCCGGCUGUGGCGGUGGCCUGACCUGCAUAAGAAUGAACUGAAGCACGUCAAAUACUGCCAGUUUGCCUUUGACCUCAAGUGUGACAGUGUGUGUGUCAACCCCUAUCACUAUGAGAGGGUGGUGUCUCCUAGCAUUGACUUAUCAGGACUGACCCUGACCAACUCUGGAACCAGCUCAGGGCUGAUCGUUAAGGAUGAGUAUGAUUUUGAUGGACAGCAGAGUCUGCCCUCCAUCGAGGGAGGGCACUCCAUCCAGACUAUCCAGCACCCCCCAUCUAGCAGCCGCCCGGCCCCCUCUGAACCAUUUGCAACCCCAAACCUGCUCCCACCCGCUGAGGCCUCCACCUCUGCCUCAGCGUCAUCCUUCCCUGCCAUUGCUGCUGGAUCAGGCAGUGCCAGCUCCACCUGGUCCAGGAACAGCAGUUUCACCCCAAACAUACCCCACCACACCAAUGGUCAUCUACAGCACCACCCUCCUAUGCCACAUCCGACACAUUACUGGCCAGUGCAUAAUGAGCUCGCCUUUCAGCCUCCUAUAUCCAAUCAUCCAGCUCCUGAUUACUGGUGCUCCAUUGCCUAUUUUGAGAUGGACGUUCAAGUCGGGGAGACCUUUAAAGUGCCCUCUUCUUGCCCCAUCGUGACAGUGGACGGCUACGUCGACCCUUCGGGAGGAGACAGGUUCUGUCUGGGCCAGCUCAGUAAUGUACACCGCACCGAGGCUAUCGAGAGAGCAAGGCUUCACAUUGGUAAAGGUGUCCAGCUGGAGUGUAAAGGUGAGGGAGAUGUGUGGGUGCGAUGCCUCAGUGACCACGCAGUCUUUGUCCAGAGCUACUACCUGGACAGAGAGGCAGGCCGAGCCCCUGGAGACGCCGUUCACAAAAUCUACCCCAGUGCUUACAUCAAGGUGUUUGACCUUCGGCAGUGCCACAGACAGAUGCAACAGCAAGCUGCUACAGCUCAAGCAGCAGCAGCAGCCCAAGCAGCAGCUGUGGCUGGAAAUAUUCCUGGACCUGGAUCAGUAGGAGGGAUCGCUCCAGCUAUUAGUCUGUCAGCAGCAGCCGGUAUCGGGGUGGACGACCUCCGAAGGCUGUGUAUCCUCAGGAUGAGUUUCGUUAAGGGAUGGGGACCCGACUACCCCCGCCAGAGCAUCAAGGAGACCCCAUGCUGGAUCGAGAUCCACCUGCACAGAGCUCUGCAGUUACUGGAUGAGGUUCUGCACACUAUGCCUAUAGCAGACCCACAACCCCUGGACUGAGGUCUUAAUAACCGCAGCAUCACACUGCAACAUACAGUGGCGAUGGAUAGUCUUCCUCAGUGAACUGUUUUGGGUGGAGAAGCCAGUGAAAGAGCUGUAAAGCAGUGACACUGGUGCUGUCCCAUGUGAAAAAAUACUUAGUCAGGUGUGUUUAAGGCACCUUUGUGCACUGUGGCCCCUACUUUUGCUUUUCGAGCAAGAGUAACACAAAAUCCAGUAACACCAAAGCCGUAUAUUAAACAUAUGUUUAUCUAUAUUUUUGAUAGAUGGCUUUGGUUUGUGAUGACUGGAAUGGUGAACUGUAGGACUAGAAAAAACAUGUCACAAGUAACUACAAUUAUAAAGCAUUACAACAUGCACAUAGAUGACCUGCAGAUCCCAUUAAACUGGAAUGUACUCAAAUACUCAGCGUCCCAGGAAUCCACAACCACCAACUACUGACAGGCAUUAGAUUCACUGAACAAUACAAGAAUAUGUGAGAGCUGUGCAGCUGUGGGAUGAGAUGCCAUGCGCAGAGGUUCUCAUACCCAGUGUCUGGACACCAGAGUACUGCUGGUUUUCUGUUGUCGGUUUUCUUUGAAGCUGUUACAGACUGUUUUACACCAGGGAUUACAGGCAAGUUGAGUCGACCGUCAGGCUGAAUAGAAAAGCAGCAGCACUCUGAACUGGAAGGACAACUGCUCGGCAUCAUGCUGAUCGCUGCCUUUCAGCCGCUGGACAGCAUUGGGGACCACCCAGCUGGAUCAGGUCAUGCCAGACACUCACCACCAUCCAGGAAUGUCACAGAGAAUGAAAGGACAUGCACCAUGCCUAAAGCAGACUCUCAAGCCUCUGAACUGAAACAGGUCAAGUGUAGGGACUUUUCUAGAUCAGGUAUUGCCAAACUACGGGUUUGGCCUUUAAAAGAUAGUUGCAGGGGUGUGUCUGGUGGGUGUCCAGUGACAAAUCCCCCCCACAUUACACAGAAUGUGGAGCAAAACACUCGGUUGAGAAUAUCCUUCUUUACCCAUCAUAGCUACACUAAUGCAGGUUGUUUUUUGGGUGUCACAGCAUCACGACAUACAAAGUUAAAUUACCCAUUGGUGGUAUAUCUGUCUUUACUGACUUACUGUGAUUUUAUAAUUUCCCAGUCAAUUAAACAACAACAAUAAAACAAUGAUGGCAAGAUGCUCAUACAGGCGAUCACUCAUCACUGGGCACUGUCCACUAUCUGUUUCAGGUAUGGUUACUGUUUUGGAAAAUGCCCUCUUUUAUGCUGCCACAAAGGAUGAAUCUCAUACACUUUCCGUGAAUUCCCCUCUUGCCUUUUCUCACUGUCCCGCUGAGAGCAGAAAAGAAAACAGUUGGGAUGCUUCUGGUUCAAUAAGAUUGAAGUAAGAGGCAGACAGCUGAUGUUCGAUGUGUGAGAUUUAAUCUCAGCACGAUGAGCAGGGUUGAUCCAUGUCACGGCAAACCAAAUACAUAGUUUAAGUCUAGUAUGAUCAUGGGAGCCACAAGUCCAGACUGCUGCUGGACUUUGCUCCAGUUACUUUAAUAUGGAGGCUUCUUUAAUUAAUUUAAAUGGUAAUUACUUUCAUUUGUAUUCAUUUCAGUUUUAUUGAGCACACCCAACAGUCUCUACACACUAGAUGAGAAUGGUUAUACUUAAAUAUCCUAUGACUUGCAGCCCACUCAUAUACUACUUGAUCCAGGUCUCUUGUGUAUAGUUUACUGACUAAGAUGAGAGAGUAUAAAACAGUUUCCCAGCAAUAUUGAUAUAUUUUCUUGGUUUUUAUUUUUGUUACUUUUAUUAAUUGCAUUAUAUAUUUUUAGCACUUUACUUUUUUUCCUUGAUUUUAAUUAAAUAACUCUUAUUUUGAGGUGGUUGUCCUGCGAUAUAAUAAUAAGGGAGUGAAUAGGUUGGUGUAUAUUUUGUGUAGGAUUGUGAGCAGAGGCAACAUUGUGAUGCAUUUGUUUUGAAAACGUCUGUAACACUAAGACACCUUUGUUUUUUGACCUUUCACUCUAUAGACAUUUACACACAUCUGUAGGGAUUUAUUUGGCUUCUGAGUUGUCUUUUUCUUUUUGAUUUGCAUUUUUUUCUUUUUAAUCCAUGUAAAUAACUUUGUUUUUGAAAUGCAUGUCAAUGUUUGCAUGAAUUCUAAGGGCAAAUAGACCCCUUUAUCUCUACCCCCUAUUUGAAAUAUAGUACUUCACUUUCCCUGCAUUACAGGGGGAAACUGGACUACGAGGAGAAAAAAAACCAGCACCUGCUGUACACGGGUGUGUUGUGUGUUGCUGCUUUCUGAGAACAGCAGAGAGGGAAGCGACAUAGUCGCAAUUAUAUAAAUUCAACUUUUUAGAGCAAAGCUCCUAAAAAAGACAAUUUGUCACCCAAGACUUAAUUUUGAAUAAGCACAGCAACUCCUUGAGUUAUUAUCAGCCUCUCUUUGAAAGUAAAUAUUUUCCCUCUCUGCAGUGUUCAAACAGGUGGAGGUUUGACACACAGAAAUAAUUGGAUUUCAGCAUGAGUGCUCUCCUCAGCCCCGCACUGCAUGUGAUCCUCUCUGUUACACUGUUUUUAAAGGCUUUUCUUGUAGAUUACACACAUUGAUUUGGGAAUAUAAAUUUCAUUAUUCUCCUCAUUUUGAGACUCACAGACGUGUUCAUGCUCAAUAUUUUUCACGCCAAACUGCCAUACAUUAUGUUCUUUCUGAUAAUCUGGUAACACAGCUACAUUACUUUUUAAAAAAAAUCAAUUUGUACUUUGUCCCUACACAGGUAUGUUUUGUUUCUUUUUUUAAACAAUGCUAUUUUGGCAGGUUGCUGCUGAAAUGCAUAAAUACUAAUUGGAUUUGUUCAAGGUUAAGUUGAAUUUUGGGGUCUUUUUUUUUUUUUCACAGGAUAUUAUCAACACCGGUAUCCAGUUGAUUUAGCAAAGCUUGGCAGAGGGUUGCUUUGUCCCCUCUCUGUCACAUUUUUGAUUGUUUCACUAUAAUUUGAAGAGGAUUGUUAAAAAAAAAAAGUUUAUCCCAUAUCAGGGAUUAAAAAAGUAAAACUUUGGGAUUUAUUCACAUAAUUACGCACCUGAUUGAUGGAAUGGCAAGAGACAGGAUAUUUUCUGAUAUGUUACUGAUGCUUACUUCUGUCUGGAGAAAUAAUGUGUUAUACUCUGUUGUGCUUUAAAGUGGACAGAUGUUUUUAUAUUAUUUGCAGUUAUUAUAGGAGCCUAAAGACACAGCUCAAACGAGUUGAUGUUGACUACUAUGACAGAUUGCAGAUAUAAAUUUUACUUGUAUUUCUUAUGUGAGAGUCUAUAAUUAAACAUGGCCUGAUAUUCUCUAAGUGGUGUUCAUUUUCUCAACAAGGUAACGUGUUUACAGGGAUGAAAUUAGUAGAACUUAGCUAGAACU